UGCGUUAUUUUGAUUACGUUUUUACUGGAGUCUUCACGUUUGAAAUGAUUAUUAAGAUGAUUGAUCAGGGUCUGAUCCUCCAUGACGGCUCCUACUUCAGAGAUCUGUGGAACAUCCUGGACUUCAUCGUCGUGGUGGGAGCACUGGUGGCGUUUGCCCUCACCAAUGUGUUGGGAAAUAACAAAGGACGGGACAUUAAAACCAUCAAAUCUCUGCGAGUGCUGCGUGUCCUCAGACCACUGAAGACCAUCAAGAGACUUCCUAAACUCAAGGCGGUCUUUGACUGUGUGGUGACGUCUCUGAAGAAUGUCUUCAACAUUCUCAUUGUCUACAAACUUUUUAUGUUCAUCUUUGCUGUCAUCGCUGUGCAACUCUUUAAAGGGAAGUUUUUCUACUGUACUGACAGUUCGAAGGACACGGAGAAGGACUGCCAGGGUUACUACAUCGACUACGGGAAAGACAAGAAAGAGGUGAAGAGAAGAGACUGGAAGAGACACGAGUUUCACUACGACAACGUUAUCUGGGCUCUGCUCACCCUCUUCACUGUUUCCACUGGAGAGGGAUGGCCUCAGGUCCUGCAGCAUUCAGUGGACGUGACCGAGGAGGACAGAGGGCCAAGCCACGGCAACAGGAUGGAGAUGUCAAUCUUCUACGUCAUUUACUUUGUCGUCUUCCCUUUCUUCUUCGUCAACAUCUUUGUGGCUCUCAUCAUCAUUACCUUCCAGGAGCAGGGGGAUAAGAUGAUGGAGGAGUGCAGCCUGGAGAAGAACGAGAGGGCGUGCAUUGACUUUGCAAUUAGUGCCAAGCCCCUGACCCGUUACAUGCCGCAGAACCGUCACACGUUCCAGUACCGUCUCUGGCAUUUUGUGGUGUCCCCCUCUUUUGAGUACACUGUCCUGGCCAUGAUCGCUCUCAACACCAUUGUACUGAUGAUGAAGUAUUACUCUGCACCACCAGCGUACGAGGCCGUGCUCAAGCACCUGAACACAGCUUUCACCGUUCUCUUCUCUGUCGAGUGUGUCCUCAAGAUCAUGGCCUUCGGCUUUCUGAACUACUUUCGAGACACGUGGAACAUUUUUGAUUUUAUCACCGUCUUGGGCAGCAUCACUGAGAUUGUGGUGGACCUGCAGUUUGUUGACACGUUCAACAUGAGUUUCCUGAAGCUGUUCCGAGCUGCUCGUCUGAUCAAGCUGCUGAGACAAGGCUACACCAUCCGGAUACUUCUGUGGACCUUCGUCCAGUCCUUCAAAGCCUUGCCCUACGUCUGUCUGCUUAUCGCCAUGCUCUUCUUCAUCUACGCCAUUAUUGGCAUGCAGGUGUUUGGGAACAUUAAGCUGAAUGAGGAGACUCACAUCAACCAGCACAACAACUUCAAGUCCUUCAGUGGUGCUCUGAUGCUGCUCUUCAGGAGUGCCACGGGGGAAUCAUGGCAGGAGAUCAUGUUGUCGUGUCUGGGGGGGCAGCAGUGCGAGAUGGACCCUUCUCUCACGUCAGAGCCAGAGGGCGGCUGCGGCUCUGACUUUGCCUAUUUCUACUUUGUCUCCUUCAUCUUUUUCAGUUCCUUCCUGAUGCUGAACCUUUUUGUGGCUGUGAUCAUGGAUAACUUUGAGUAUCUAACCAGAGACUCAUCCAUCCUCGGUCCUCACCACCUGGAUGAGUUUGUCCGGAUCUGGGGGGAGUAUGAUCGUGCUGCCUGUGGUCGUAUCCAUUACACAGACAUGUAUGAGAUGUUGACCAACAUGUCGCCACCUCUAGGCCUGGGCAAGAAAUGCCCCUCCAAGGUGGCAUAUAAGAGACUCGUCCUAAUGAACAUGCCUGUGGACGAUGACAUGUCUGUCCACUUCACCUCCACCCUAAUGGCCCUCAUCCGCACCGCGCUGGAAGUCAAGAUAGCCAGAGGAGGAGAGGACAGAAACCAGAUGGACCUGGACCUGCAGAAGGAGAUCAGCGUCAUCUGGCCUCAUCUCUCUCAGAAGUCGCUGGACCUGCUGGUUCCCAUUCACAAAGCCAGUGACAUGACCAUAGGGAAGAUCUAUGCUGCCAUGAUGAUCAUGGACUACUACAAGCAGAGCAAGGCCAAGAAGCUCCGACAGCAACUGGAGGAGCAGAAACACGCUCCUAUGUUCCAGCGUAUGGAUGCUUCCUCUCUGCCUCAAGAAAUCCUAUGCAAUGCCAAAUCCCUUUCGUUUCUCAGACACGGUGCUGGAUCUGCUCUGUAA